CCGCGUCGCCGCUUUUCGCCAUUUCCGGGUGGGUGUGCUCCAGCCUUCCGCCGCGAUGGUGGGAGGCGGCAAGCCGCUGGGGGACAGCGUGUUCGCGGGCCACGCGGCCGCCGGCGCGGCGGCGAUCAGCGCCUCCUCCGUCGCCGUGCACCCCCUCGACACGGUCAAGACCCUCAUCCAGCUGGGAGCGGCCGGGCAGAAGCAGAAGAUGGGGCUCCGGCAGGUGGUGGACCGGCUCAUGGCCGCCUCCGGCCCUGCAGGGUUUUACAGUGGAAUCGGAUGGUCUAUAAUGGGAAGACUUCCUGGGUUGGGAGCACGUUUUGGGACCUAUGAACUUUUAACAGCUUUCUAUAAAGAUGGAAGGGAGGACAACUAUGUCUAUUAUUCUGAGGCUAUGUUGGCUGGCAUAGCUGCUGGUGCUGUAGAGGCUUUUUUCUGCACACCAUUUGAACUUCUCAAACUCCGGAACCAAGUUAGUUCUGUGAUACCUUCAAGACCAGUGGUCCCUGCAAAUGUUGCACAAGAAUCAUUUCCACUACUUUCCAAACUGUUGCCUGGAUAUGUUCCUGACAUGAGGGUGUGGAGCAACACCGUGAGCCUUUUAUCUGAUCUUUCUCCAAAGCAUCCCGACAUGUUGGGUGCCCUAAAGCAGCACCCAUGGAUGCUUACCGGCUCUGGGAAGCCCCCAUUACCAUCUGAUGUGCAACUACCUUCUAGAGUGAUAUCACUUGAAGGAUGGGGUGCUCUGUGGAGAGGGCUUAGACCAGGGAUAGCUCGAGACUGUGUUUUUGGUGGUAUGUUCUUUUCAACUUGGCAAUUUAUACACACAGCGAUACUCACUUGGAAGGCAGUUAAUAUGAACCCUGAACCUAGGAAUAUAGAAGAAGCAGGUCCUGUACACCCUUUUGCCUCCAGUGUUGCUGCAGGCUUUGCAGGAGCAAUUGCAGCUGCUGCUUCACAUACAUUUGAUACGGCAAAAAGUCGUUCAGAAUGUACUGUUGUGCCUAAGUAUAUUGCAAUGGAGAGGAAGCUUCUUAAGUGGAAAGCACCAGGAACGUGGAUAGAGAGAAAGACAGGAAUAUCUCCUGCUGAUAGGAAUGUUCUGUUCCGUGGCAUUGGACUACGAAUGGCCCGUAGUGGAAUUGCAUCAUUUGUAUUAGCCGGGUCAUACUAUCUAGUUGUAGAUUACAUCUCAUAGAUGACAUGAAGAGAUAUCAUAUGGGGAUAUCUUCUUUCAUAUGAAAAAUGAUGAUUUGAUGACAUUCAGAAAUACAUUUUCAUGACUGUAUACGGAUUCCUUAAAUGGUAGGAACGGAUUCAUAUUUGACAAUUUUGCUCAUUCAUAUAAAUUUGCUUGACUGGAACUGAUUGUUCUAA